GUGCCUGGCGCCUACCCAACUCGCCCCUCCUUCGAACAAGACGCUGACAACUACGCCGCCCAUCUCACCCUUUCCCAGGCCGUGCACGCCCGACGAGCCGAAUACCUUCGUCCCAGGCACGUGCGCAUCAAGAUAGGAACAUGGAAUGUCGCCGCACACAAAGGAACGGAGAAGGAUGUUGGCGGUUGGUUUGUUGAGGGCAAAGGCGUUGCAGAGAAGCUGGCUGGCCUCACCGUGGCCGAUGAUGAGACUGGAGAAGGGAAGAGGCGGAACCCUAGGGAAGCGGUGGAUGCACAAGAGGCACGCUACGUACGAAAGGCCUCCACCAUGCCCAAACACGACUCUCCUGCACUGCCGGGCAACGAGGAUGUCGGGCUGUACGUACUGGCACUGCAGGAGGUGGUAGACAUCAACUCCACCACCGAAGCCCUACGACCAUACACCGAUCCAGCCGUGGCAAAGAAGUGGAGAGAGGAGCUGGAAAGCGCUCUGCCCAAAGGCUAUCGCUUCGUCGCGGAACAACAACUCAUUGGGCUGCUUCUCCUCAUCUAUGCCUCCGCUGACGUGGCCGACGAUGUUCGCUUUGUUAGCACCACAAGCGUCGGAACUGGCCUAAUGGGCUACAUGGGCAACAAGGGGGCAACCACUGCACGCCUUGUCCUCGGAGACACCACCAGACUCGUCUUCGUCAACUGCCACUUAGCGGCAGGGGCCGACAAAACCGCCUUGGACCGCCGGAACUGGGACGCGGCGCAAAUCUCCCAACGAACCCGAUUCGACCCCAUCGAACACCUGACCGAAGAGUCCCAGCCUUCCGGCGAGUACAUUUCAGACGCCGAUUUCGCCUUCUGGGUCGGUGAUCUAAACUACCGACUCCAGACCAUUCCCGGAGACGAUGUACGAAGGCUUCUCAUGCUUCACACCCGAAAUGAGUCAAUACAGUCGCUCAAGGACGACUCCGCCACAGACACACGCAGUGUCGUAUCGUCUGCGACACCUGACGAUGAGCUCGACCCAAGCGAAGAUCCGGCCUCACUCCAAACUACCCUCACCUCUCUUCUCCCCCACGACGAAUUGCACCUCCAAAUGAAGCACGGCAAGGCCUUUCACGAUGGCUGGCGAGAGGGGCCCAUUGCUUUCCUUCCCACGUACAAGUAUGACGUCGGGAGUGUGGGCGUCUUCGAUUCCAGCGACAAGAAGCGUGCGCCGAGCUGGUGUGAUCGCAUCCUCUACCGCACGAGACGAGACAAGCUGGCCUAUGACGCCCGUGUCAAGGAAGCACGGGAGGCUAAAAAGAAGGAGGAUGAGAUGCAGGCCAAUGGCACCUUUGCCGUCGCCGACGACGAUGACAUUCUCUACGACUACGAUCCCGAUGCCGAUGGGAUGGAGGGUAAUGACGACUAUGACGAAAAUGACGGCUAUGACGAGACCAACGAUGGAGUGCUGAGAGUGACCACCAAGGAGGGCUUUGACGACGAAAUACGACUGGAAUACUACACGGCGCACCAAAGGGUUCUGUCGAGCGACCACAAACCGUUGGAUGCCGUGUUUUCGCUGAAGUACGACUCCGUCGUCCCCGAACUGAAAGCACGGGUGCACGCGGAAGUUGCAAAGGAUCUCGACAAAGCGGAGAACGAGGGCCGGCCGAAUGUGACUGUCGUAGUCGAUCAGCACGACAAGACGACCGAUGGUUCGCAAGGCGUGGACUUUGGAGACGUCAAGUGGAAUCAGGUCAAACACCGGACGCUGACCAUCGCAAACACCAGUCGGGUGCCGGCGAGGCUUAGUUUCCUGGGAAGGCCGUCCGAUGGUGGUGAGCCCUCGGGCAUUGCUCCGGACUGGCUGCGUGUCAAGCUGAACGAUAUUCUCUUGAGCAAUGUAAGCACAGGAACGGAUCCAAUCACCCUUGUCCCAGGCGAGACGGCGUCGGUUGAGCUGGAAAUCCAAGUGGCCGACCUUGGUUUAGUUCGCGAACUAAAUGACUCCCACAACCACCUAGACGACACUCUCGUGCUUCGGGUGGAAGACGGCAGGGACCACUUCAUCCCCAUGCGCGCCAACUGGCAAGAGACAAGCCUCGGUCGCGCGAUCGACAAACUCGUCCGCAUUCCUGAGGGCGGGAUCAGAAAAUUACAACACCAGCGCCCCGACCGAACCAAGUCUCGCGAUAUACGUUUCUCCGCCCCGCGCGAACUGUUCCGGCUGACAGAAGCCAUAGAAGAGCUUGGGAUCCGGAUCAUUGCCGAGUGGGAUAUGAUUGCUCCAGAAUCCGAGGUGGCGCCUUGGCUACAAUGGCCGGGCUGGCCGUUUGAUCAAACCUGCUGGACAGAAUGGAUGGGCGAGGGAUGGAACCGUGCAAUAAGCGAGGCAUGCGAUGCUCUGGAUUCUGAUCAAUCCCUCACCGCCAGCCUGCCGGCUGGAAUGCCCGCGAUGCAACGCUUGUACGUCCUCGCCAACCUCCUCGUCAUGUUCCUGCAAAGCAUCCCCGAAGGCCUUAUCGAUGAGAACCUAUGGCACCAAAUCGACCACUACUUCGCCGAAAACGACAAGACCAAACGCAAGUCAACGGAAGACGAGCAACGCACUGCCUUGCAAGAGAUAUUGUCGCACUCGCCGAGCCGCAACAUCUCCUUCAUCCUGCUCCUCACGCUCCUCGAGCGCCUCCUGCAAGAAACAGCCAGCACUAGUGCUGCCAAGGAGCCUGCUACGCCCACUUCUCCGCUCGCCAAAGUAGCGGGCGGCACGCUGCAACGAGUAAAGGGCACGUUUGCGAGGGGCUCAGCGGCUUCGCAGGGCGAGCAAGCACGAGCGGCGUUGAGUCGGAUUUUUGCCGGCGUGCUCUUUAGCGAGGCGGCGGGUGAGAGCAAGAAGUCGCAUGGAGUGCAGGACAGACGGAGGGUGGAGAUGUUGGAGCUCUUCCUCCGGAAAGAUGCGACUGGGUAACAUAGCAUCAUUCGAAAUA